AUGAAGUCACUUCUAUCUCUCGCCCACUCUCUCCCUUACGCAAUCCCGAUGUUCCUUGUCCUUCUCAAUCCCGUCUCUGCUACGUCGAACACAAGUUGUACUAUCCCUCCAGCUCCCACAGUCGUCCCUGUCGUAUUUCCCCUGUCUGAACUACCAGACUACUACUACCAACCUCCUGUUCAUCUAUCCUCUGCCGACCAGCUCAGCAUCGAGGUAUCUGAAAGUCAAAUCCGUGAUAAGCUCUCGCUCUACGCCCUCGCUCUGGACGGAAAGGCCUUCGACGGUCUUGAUUACGUCUUUACUGACGACGUCGUGAUCGAUUUCUCGAAUCCAGUUGGCCUGGUCCGGGGACUUGCCAACGUCAAAGAAGCUCUUGAGGGGGCUCUGGAUGGCUUUCGGACCCACACCCUACUCGGAACCCAGGUGAUCAACGUGGACCCGAACAAUACGUGCACGGCUAGCACUCUACACUACUUCACCACCACCUUCUACGGGACGGGUGACCAGGAGGGAAGGUCUGCCGUCACCACUGGGCAAUAUCGGGACAGAUGGUACCAAAAUGAGGCCGGAGAGUGGUUUGUCGUUCUCCGACUUACCAUUUUCUUUGUAAGCAACCUAUCUCACGUCUUUGCUUUCGUACCAUUACAAUUGGGCUGGAGAGCACGGGCUGACCGAAAUUCUCAAGGGCUCCGUUGGGAACCUGACUUUCUAAUGAGGGUUGUCUCUGGUGAGUUGAUGGUUGGGAGGGGGCUACUCAUCUCGAAUGCGAUUUCAAACCUCGAUGGUGAUGGUGAUGAUGAUGAUGACGAUGAUGGCGAACAAGCUGGCAACUUACCCUUGCCUGAUAAAUAUAAAGUUACCGCUAUAUACUCGUAUAUGGCAGAACUGCAGCAAUAA